AUGGACUUUAUAGAGUUCGACAGUUUCACGCCAAGCAAUGAUGCCGGUAACUUGCCGCAGCCGCAACCGUCAUUGUCUCUACCUAUAUCGACGAACUUGGAACAAUUUAGUAAGAAAUUGUCAAGCUUUUCGUUGUCAAGGAACUUUGCCAAAGUGAAAACUACCCUUGAUGCGGAAAAGAAAAACAGCCCCGAUGAUCAGAAUAGACACGAGGUCAAUGCGAUGGACGAUUACGUUCAGAAAUCUUUGACUUUGUUGAAAGCAAAUAAAGAGGAUGAUGAUGAUAACCAUGGUGGUGGUGGUGAUGGUGACAACCUCGCCUCCUCAAACCAACAGACAAAGGGAAACAACGCAGAUUUACUUGCGCCGCGACUAGCACGCGUUUUGAAUGACACGUUGAGCGAUAGCACCUUGAGGGAGAUUUUCAACACCAUCGAGGAGGACGUAGCGGGACGCAAGCUAGAACCUACUAGCUACUACCAGAACUUGACUGAACCGGGGUUUGUUGGAACAAUAACGCGGAAAAAGUUAAAGGGGCGCAUCGAAGAGGACUUGAUCAAAAGCCAGACCCUAGUGUUGAAAGAGUAUCAGCCUAUUGUGCGGCGGUUGAAAAUAGCCGAGUCUCGAUUGAAAAAAUUGAACCAGUUGAACCGGGAAGUGAAUGAACGCAUCAGCAAGAAUUUGCUCUCGUCUACAGAUUUCAACGAAAAGGCCAUGUUGUUGACUCGUGAAAAGAACAUGGUGGGCGUGAAACAGGAGCUCUUGACCGCGUUCAAGAACAAGUUUACCUUGACCGAAUAUGAAGAAUUCAUCUUGGUGUCGGGAGAGUUGAAUGACGAGUUUUUCCAGACUUUAGACAAAGCUGAAGCUAUUAUCGAAAAUUGCUCAGUGUUGCUUUCGGAAGACAACCCCCAGCUUGGCUUAAAGAUCAUGUCCAAAGUCAACCACGUGAUCAACAGGGCAAUCGAAAGAAUCGUGGGUUAUUGCAGCAAAACCUUGGACAAUUUCUACUCCCUCAAUUCGAGAUCGAGGCUCGCCACGCUACACGAGUGCUUUAGAUAUCUCAAGCCAAAGCUCAACUAUUUUGCCACGGUUGUUGACAAGUUUGGGGAAUCGAGAUCCAAAGUGUUGCUCGAGGACUUCUACCACCAAACUUUGGAAACGCCCGAUGAGGGCAGCAGCAACAACGGCAGCAGCAGCAGCAGGCCCUCUCAAGGUCGAAGGCGGUCAAGCGCACGGACAACCAGUUCGGUGUCAAGCGUGGUGGACGUGAGGCCAGUCUACAUGUCAGCACACGAUCCCGUGAGGUUUGUCGGCGAUUUCUUGGCGUAUAUUCACUCCUUGGCUGUCAAUGAAUACGAGAUCAUCAGAAACAUUUUCACCAUGGGCGAUGACAACGACCGCGAGUUUGACCAGGUGAUUGGCGACCUCACCAAUAAAAUUUUAAAGAAUCUUUCACGGCCCAUCAAGUCUAAGAUAGAGCAAAUCAUUUCGGCAGAGACGAAACUAACGACAAUAUCCCAGAUUUUCAACUUGGUGGAACUUUACUCGCACAUGUUCGCGAAGCAAUUGCAAGAGUCUGACAAUUUGGUUGACACGAUGAAGCAGUUGGUCAAGAGCUGCCAGAAUAGAUUCUUCAAUAUAGUCUCCAACAAGUUGGCGACUGUUCAAUCGAGCAAUCUGGCAAAACUUGAGUUAAACUUGGACUUGCAGCCACCCGAGUGGAUCAUAUCGUUUUACAGUGAAGUUCUACACAUGAUUGACCAAGUCACCACCGACACCAUUCUCAACUUGCCACGCGAGGACCACGAGCAGUUUUUAAAACUAGUCAUCAACCGGCCCAUUGAAAUCUUCAGCGAGCAUGUGCGCAACAACAAGAUCUUUUCCGACAAGAGAGAUGUGCUCAUCUUGAAGUUUAACUUUUUGGACUUGAUACAAGCUAAAAUCAUGCCCAUUUCGCUAUUGUCGGAAAAGGUUAUUGAGAUCAACGAGAUGAACUUGGACUUGACGGCGCAGCUAACACAAUGCGAACUUGCCAACAUACUAAAAAGCUCGGGCUUGUACGACUAUUACAACAUUGUCAAUAUGAUUUGUCCCUUUACCGACGAUUUUUUCGAGGUUUCCAUUUACCAACCAAUGACCGAGAAUAAGCUCUACAAUGUCGAAAAUUUGCAUAAAGUCAACGACGAGAUCCACCAGUAUUUGCCAAACGCAAUGAUUGAGCUACAGCAGGCUUUGUUGCGCCUCAACUCACCCGUGACUGUAAAUGAGGUCAUCAACAAUGCAUUCACCCAGUUUGUCAAGUUCUACAAAAACUUGAACCUCAUCAAUUUGGAGUACUUGCAAUUUUCAUUCUCGUGGUCUGACCAGGAGUUGGCUACAUUGCUCGGGAUCGAAAGUUCGUAUAUUUCCGACUAUUCCGAAAGCAUGUCCUUGUGA